AAACAUCUUUCCUUUAACCUAACCUUUUCCCUCGCAACUCUGGAUUUUUGUCGCGCCGCUUCGGAAUUGGAAAACAAUUGAAUCCUACCGUUACUUAUCGAAACCAACCUGCCUAAAACCCCCCCCGGAAUAAAAUCUCGUUUCCACAUCCACAUCCACCACCAUCACAUCACCAUGGCCGGAGGAGCAGCUAAAUACCGCCAUCUGAGUCGGAAAUCAUCGCACAGACAAGCCCUCCUUCGUAACCUCGUCACAUCUCUCUUCAAGCACGAAUCCAUCACGACGACAUGGGCAAAAGCCAAGGAGGCUCAACGACUAGCCGAGAAACUGAUCACAUUGGGCAAGAAGAACACCGAGGCGAGUCGACGAAGGGCUCUUGAGACUUUUUACACACCCCACGAUAUCCUCCCCAAACUAUUCGGCCCCCUCCGUGAACGCUACGCUGAGCGUCCCGGCGGCUAUACCAGAGUACUGAGAGUGGAGCCCAAGAAAGACGACCAGGCACCCAGUGCGAUCCUGGAACUUGUCGAUGGACCCAAGGACAUGCGCUUUGCGCUUACCGCACGAACAGUUCUUCGCCGACGCGGCCAGGGCCUCGAGACCCUCGAUGAACUCACAACAAUGAAUGUCCGCAAGGUAACCCAGUUCCGCAAGAACGGCGUGGAAGAGCUAGAGCGGGCGAUCCACCGGUUAAAGGUGGACGACGGCAAGGCUCAGGGGCAAGGCCGUGCGAAACCGGCCAACGACGCGGAGGAGGGAGCCGAGAAACAACAGCAGCAGCAGCAGCAGUAGAGAUCGAGAUAAGAGGCUGGAUGCUUGGGCGUUGUUGAUACAGGGUGAAUGAAGGGUUCAGCAGGGUUUCGGCCUGACCUGCAUGUGUACUCUUAUAUACUGCUACUAUUGACUAUUUGUUUCUACCUGCGUGUACUUCUAGCUAUUGGGAUAUUCCAGCAGAUUUUUCUUCAUUUUAUCUCGAAUUUUGUCCAUUGCGGUGCGCGGGGUGUAUGCGGAACUUGGUAUGGUGCUGUUUUGUUCCUUUAUCGUGGCCUGCUGGAAUUAAAGGAGCACAUUUGGUUAUUAUUUUACGUCGUCGUGCCUACUUAGUUAACUAGUAGUUAGUACUACGCAUCAGUAGGAAGAGAAUAAAUAGCAAUACAUUAC